AUUCAAUUUCGCCGUUUCCGCCACUCACCCCAUUUUAAGGGAGGGCAUUCCUGUCCAGGAGAGCUCGCUUCUCGGGCUCGACAAGAAACGCGCUCGAGGAUUCGUUUGAGAACUGCCGAGAAUUUGUCGGGACUGCUCAUCGUGUCAGUACACCACUCACUGUUUUGGGCUAGUGGCAAUAAUUUUGGAAGAGUAACAUGAACGCCCCCGAGAGCCGACUCAAAUUUGAUGGCCCGAGACAAACUAAUGGAAGAAAGCUUCUUUUUCAGUUGCAACCGGUAGCUCUCAGAGGAAAGAGCUCAGUCACAACGAGAGCUGAACUUCCGAGCUAAUGACAUGGAGUCUCCCAAUUAUAGUUUCUCGCCCCCCUCAGUGAAUAGUGGGACCUUCGAUUCAGAUAUUCAAUCCGGGCCAGUGUUCCACAUGCUACGAGAGCAUCAAUCUGCGUUCUCCUCAGUGCUCCCAGGUAAUAACCAACUCAUGUUCGGAUCGAGUGAAACCGGCCAUUUGAUCACACUGGAACCGCUAACACCCACCAAAACCAAUAGCCCAGAUUCCAGUUCCAUCAAUGACGUCCGGUUAAGUGACCAUAAUUCAGAUCACUCCCUCUCGCCAUCAGCCAAGCGACGGAGGCGUGGUCGGAAAGCAAUCAGAAGCGGAGGUCUCAAUGAAGACGAACUGAAACAGCAACGUGAAACGGCCAACGAUCGGGAACGAUCUCGAACAAAGGCCUUGAAUAUUGCUUAUGCCAAGUUGCGCGACAUUAUUCCUACCCUUCCUUCCGACAAGUUGAGCAAAAUUGAGAUCCUCAAGUUGGCCGUGUCGUACUGUCGAUUUCUGUCCCGAGUGGCCAAUGACGAAUUCCAACCUCCACCGGAAGAUUGGGCAACGUUAAUCAAGCAAUUCCACUGGGACCGUUUCAAGCAAGAGGGCUCGGAAAGUCCUUGAACCUCAUCGUCGUCGAUGAUCUUGUCGUUCCGAUCUUGUCGUUCCGAUCUUCUAGACGAGGCACCACGUUGACCUGAGAAUAUUGUGCUAAUUAGCACUCUCAAUCAAAGCCUUGGCAUGAAAGGAUGCACAUUCAACGACAACAAAAAUACCUGUGAUUUCAAUCGGAGAUGAAUAAACUUCAUCCUCCCCGUUUCCAAACUUCAAUGGAUUGAUGCUUGGUUUUAUGUGCUCCAGCUAUCGUCACGUGCGAGGGCUUUCUAUUGCAUAGCAUUUUAAUAUUAGUUGUAGUCCAAUUCAACAUUCAUAUUUGUAUACAUUGAUCCACAAGCAUAUCAUAUGCUAGUUUUAAUAAAAUGUAGAAUUUUUCCCCUUUUGCAAGGGAAUAUAUGCCUA